CAUGUGUGAAGGCAUCGAUAAAUCGAUUAGUUCGCUGCUUAAAAAUUAAUAAAAACACAAUAAUGAAACCGAGAUCACAGAAAGGUCAAGGAAAACCCAAUGGAAAACCAAACAGAGGCCCUGGCAAGGUGGCCCACAACCAAAAACCCUACUUUAAGAGCAAGAACAACCAAAAGGCCAAAGAGGAAAAGCCAAAUAAACCGGAGAUUCGGAAUAUGAAGCGCAAGGAAAAGGCUGCUCAGGAAGCUGCGGAGCGUGAGAAAGUCCGGGCGGAGCGGGAUGCCCAGGUGAAGGCCUAUAAAAAAAAGCGUCAGGAGAAAACCAAGGCCAUCAGCAAAAGGACCCAAAAAGGACAGCCCUUGAUGAAGGAUCGCAUGCAGCUCCUGCUGAAACAGAUCGAGGAGAUGAAGCGCAACUAAGUGAGUCGCAGGACCUCCCUGCUACACUAGGAACACUGCCUCAGAAUCAGUUGCUCCUUUACACAUGUGGUGUACAUAGAAACAUUUACUUUUAGAGUAGGUUUACUUUAAUUUUUAAUUACAAUAAAUUGUUUUUCAUGACCAUGUUCUUUUGAAAAAUGUUUUUUACCAUGUUUA